UGUCUAAUACAGUAAAUAUCAUAAGAAUAAUAAUCAAAUUUACACAUGGAAACAUGUAUUUAUUACUUUUCCAUUCCGCCUCCCUACUCAAAUCAAGAAUCUUCAAUUUUUCCUCUCCGCAUGCGAACUCAACAACGUAGGAAUGAGACAGAGUCAUCGACGUACCAAUCAAUGAACCUUCUUUUGUUCUUCUUCAUGCCCCUCAACUGUAUUUUCCUCUCUAUUUCUCCGCCUGUUUUGUUUUUUAUUCCCUUUUCCAUCUAUUUUAUGAUCCAAACACACAUUCCAUUCCUAGUGUUUUUCCUGCCUAUUUUCUACUUUGAAACCUCGGCAUGGACGGAUCUGAUCCCCAUUCCUCUCAAUCUCAGAAAACAGUUUCCAACAUGGAUUUCCUGGGACCAGACCUGACAGAACUAAUUCUUGCUCGUCUCCCCAUUCCCUCCGUUAUCCAGGCCUCAGCUGUCUGCAAACUCUGGAAUUCUAUCAUUAACUCCAAUUCGUUCAAAACCCGGGCAUCAGAUUCCAGGAGACCGCCCUGGUUCUUCCUCUGCGGGCAAAAUAAGAGUUUUCUGAGCAGGAAUCAAGCAUUCGCAUUCGACCCUGAAUCUGAUUCUUGGAUCAAACUCCCUAUGAUAACCCUUCUGUCCAAGGACUCGUUAGCUGCCUCCAAUGGCUUCUUCUUCUCCACCUGCCCUGGAAAAUUCAGUUUCAAACCAGGUUUCAACGGCUUGUGGCGCCAAACUAGCACUCCCAUAUUUUCCAGGAGCAGUUCCCUGAUUGGUGCAUACAUCGUCCCACACUGCUCAAAACCAGCCAGGUUUGUUGUUGUUGGAGGCAUCAAGUCGGUUGACGCCCUGGCAGAUGUAGUGGGCUGUUUGGCUGUGGAGAUUUACAAUCCUCACCAUGAUUCCUGGGAACUCUGUUCCCCUCUGCCAGAAAUUUUCAGGCCUGGAAACUCGUCCAAACUGUUAUGCUCAGCUCUGUUCAGAGGAAAAUUCUACGUUCUAAGUAUUUGUUCAAGUUUUAUUGCAUCUUUCGACUUGGAAAAACGUUUCUGGAGCAACGUUCAGACGCUCAGGCCUCCAGGGACGUUGUUUUCAUACUUAAUUUCCUGUCAGGAUAUGCUAGUUUUAGCUGGACUAUGCAGCAUUAACGGCGACCUGGAAUUCAAUUUAUGGAGGAUUGAUGAGAAAACACUGGAAUUCAGUGAGAUUGGGAUCAUGCCUCCUGUUCUUCUCUCCAUGUUCAUUGACAGUGAUGAUAAUCUGAAAUUUACAAGCUUGAAAUGCAUGGGUUCGGGCAAUUUCAUCUAUGUGUUCAAAGAAGAACGUCCCUGGGAUUGCCCUGUAUGUGUUUGUGAGUUCAGUAAAUCAGGGAAAUGCAUCUGGAGAAGAGUUCCCAGUUUGCCAGAAGCUAGAAAUGAAUUCGAGGAAGUUAUCAGCUUCUGCUCCAAUGUUUCUAUACUGGACAUUCUUGGAAGUGGAAGUGACUGAUUUCAUUCAAAUCUUUUGCUUCCUUUCUUGAAUUUUCUUCUCAGAAGUAACUGAAAUUCCUGUUGCGACGUGGAACUUUCUACCUUAUUUCUGAAGUUGUCCAUGUAAAUCCAAGCUGGAAUGGAAAUAGUUCAAUUCUCUUUCAGGGUCAAGGGUUUUGUCAGGAAAUAUAUGAAGAUUCUUGAUGUAAUAAUUCCUGCUCAAACUUGGAAAUAUACAACAUUCUAGAAUGAAAGAUUCUGCGUAGUUUUAACAGAAAAUGCAGCCAUCUUUACGACAGGAGAACAAUUUUUAGGCACAAGAAUUAUUACCUCGUUCAAUACUAUUGUUAGUAUGAUAUUCUAGAAGAGUGAUUGGUGAUUGAAAUGAUGUUAAGUUUGAGUAAUUUGGAAUUGGAGAAUAAGGUGAGAUUGGAAGAUGUUGGCCUGACGAGCAAAAGAGGGGCAAGAAGACCAUCAAGACUUGGAGUGCUGUAGAAAGAUAGUUACUAGUGUAUUGCUUAGUUUUUCUCUUUACACCUUUUCCAUCAUCCAUCCACCUAUUUGUACUAUUUGUCCACCUAUUUGUACUAUUUGGUGGAAGGUUCUUGAACAUGAACUUACUCAAGAAGCCAUAGCUCUCUAGAAGACUUAUUAAAUUCUUUAGCAGUUCUCCUCUACUCAAAUAUCUAAGAUACUUUUUGAUGUAAAAUAAUGGCCCAUGACCCUUAUAUGGUAGCCUUUGAUCUCUCACAACCGGUCCACCCCACUUGGCCCAUGGUCCGAUCCAUCCACCCGAUCCAUGGCCCAACUUAGGUACCCGUCCUAUUAAUACCUAACCCUAACCCUAAUCCCUCAUUUCAACCGUCCCCUUUCCCUCUCAAAUCUCUUCUUCUUCCUCUCUCUCUCUCCUUCUGGCCUUAAAAUCCUUCACCCACCGUCUCUUUUCUUCUGCCACUUUAAUGCUUUGCCUCUAUAAAAGGUUUUCUUGGCCCCUGGCCAUUUCUAAUGGCUGAAAAUCUUCUAUGUCUUCUUCUUCAUCUCAUUCUUUGAAAUACUCCCAAGUUUUAUGUGAAUUGAGAAAUACCUAAGUGGUGGGUCUGUGUGACCAAGGUAGUCUGAUUGUUGGUUGUUGUGAGUAACCGUGAGAAAAAGGUUGUCAGCCUCUUUGUGGCCGUGGGCUUCUAUCCUAUUGGAUCUGACUCUCUAAUCCUUAUAUAUAUUUUAUUCUGUGAUUAUUGUUCUUAGAUAUGAAAUUAGUUUAAAAAUCUGUAUUAUUUAAUAAAUUGUUAGCUUU